CACGACGGUUCACAUUGACUGCGGAUGCUUGUUGUUCGCCUAAAAUAAAAAAAUAAAUAAAAAGAAAAAAGAAUGGAAAUUUGCUAUGGUGAAAAAUGGAGACUUAACCGUGUAAAUGUUACAAGAAGGCUGCAAUUGUAGGCUAGCGUUGUCAAAUAAAUAAUAAGAAAAAUAUGUAAAUUUAAAGUCGAGAAGGUAUAUAACGUACAUUGUUUAAAUGCCAUUGUUACAUAUAUAGUUGAGGUAAAUAUGUGAUGGUUUUUUAAGCAGAAACUAGAUUUAGGCAGUUUUUGUCUUGGACGUGUUUCUCAGCUGGCAGUGAAAGCAAUGGCAAUGUGGUUGUCAAUAAACCCCACACACAAAGGAUAUGUUCUGUAAUAAUGACUCAGACUGUGCAGACUAAUGGGGUACAGCCCCUAAGUAAGACAUGGGAACUCAGUCUGUAUGAACUACAGAGGACUCCCCAGGAGGCGAUCACAGACGGGCUGGAGAUUGCCGUCUCCCCGAGAAGCCUCCACAGUGAGCUGAUGUGUCCGAUCUGCUUGGAUAUGCUGAAGAACACCAUGACCACCAAGGAGUGCCUGCACCGCUUCUGUGCCGACUGCAUCAUCACAGCUCUGCGCAGCGGGAACAAGGAGUGCCCGACGUGCCGAAAGAAGCUAGUGUCGAAGCGCUCUCUGCGCCCUGACCCGAACUUCGACGCGCUGAUCAGCAAGAUCUACCCGAGCAGAGACGAGUACGAGGCUCACCAGGAGCGCGUCCUUGCCCGGAUCAGCAAACACAACAACCAGCAGGCGUUGAGCCACAGCAUUGAGGAGGGCCUCAAGAUCCAGGCUCUGAACCGGCUCCAGAGAGGGAAGAAGCACCAGAUUGAGAAUGGCAGUGGGGCGGAGGACAAUGGUGACAGCUCUCACUGCAGCAAUGCCUCGGUACACAGCAAUCAGGAGGCAGGGCCCAGCAUCAAGCGGACAAAGACCUCGGACGACUCGGGCCUCGACAUGGACAACACCACUGAGAACGUGGCAGGGGACCUGGCGCUGGAUGGGGCCAGUGAGAUUGAGCUUGUUUUUCGGCCACACCCCACACUGAUGGAGAAGGAUGAUGUCACGCAGACCAGUAUUCGGUUUGUACCCAGGUACAUUAAGACAUCGGGAAACGCCACAGUGGACCACCUCUCCAAAUACCUGGCAGUACGGCUGGCCUUGGAGGAGCUUCGCAAGAGCGGGGAAGCCAACCCCAUUAAUGUGGAGGCAGCGAGUGAGAAGCAGUACACUAUCUACAUUCCUACCGCCAAUGGCCAAUUCACAGUGCUGAACGGGUCCUUCUCGUUGGAGUUGGUCAGUGAGAAGUACUGGAAGGUCAACAAACCAAUGGAGCUGUACUUCGCACCCACUAAGGAGCACAAAUAGUUACAGGACUCAGAAUGGACUGAGAACUUUCUUAUUAAUAUGUUGAUGUCUCUGCUGGAUUUCCUGGCUCCAGAGAGCUAUUGCUGCUUUUUUUUAUGAUUUAGUUUUUGUACAGGAGUCCCAUAGAUAUCCUAUCUGUUUUAAGGAAGCAUUUGCAUCCUUUAAAAAAGUAUAAUCCUCCACUAUAAAUCAAUUUUGAAGUUGCCAGAAAAACAUUUAAUAACCUUUAUUCAGUAACCCAAUCUCCCAAAAUGAUUUCAGAAAAAUUGCGAAUUUGUGCAUGAAAAAGCUGAGGGUCAGAGGCACUUGCUACAGUCUGGAUACACGCAGACAGAAUACCCCUUAUAGCUCAGCAAGUGCUCCUCAUUCCUGACCACAAUAUCCAGUUUUUCAGUCCCAAGCCUUUUUAAAGCCAAGUAUGCUGAAUUGUUAGUGGUUUUCUUAUGUGGAUUAAGUCCUCUGGGGCCCCCACCCCUGAAACAACCAUGAAAUGCUCACAGCACAUACAGUUAUUGUAGAGGAAGCAGGCAUUUACAUUUUUGAUGCAGCAGUUUCAGAGGAAUGCAUUUAGGCCAAAAUUAUUAGGCAUAUAACCUGACAAGAAAACCCUGUUAAGCUUUUUUUUUUUGUCAGUUACUUUAAUAAUAUAGAAUAAAAGGAACUACAUGUAAACUACUGGUUCUUUUUCAUGUUUUGUGAAUGUGUGUGACUGAAUUCAGUUAUUUUUUCUUCAGGAAAACAGGUUUCAGGAGAUUUGUAAUUAAAUUGCCACUUGUUUUCUCACGAAGUGAAAAAUUGAAUGCAAUUCAACACUAGGAGACACUGAAUGCAGUGUUUGUUUAUCUACGAACUGGAGUAUUUGUUGUACAGGAAACAAACCAUAACACAGUUAACAGGUUGUACAUGAUCAAUGUGGUAUGUAAAAACAGGGACGCUGCAUACUCUGAUGACAAAAUUAAAGAAAAAAAAGUUUUUUUUUUUAUUUUCCUCUUCCAUUUCCAUGUUGGAUUUGUAUUUUUCAAUUAGGACAAAAUUGUGUGGUAUGAUGCAUUAAUAAUUCCCCAACACAUCUGGCUUGUUAUUUCAAACUAAUCCCUUUUGGAAUAAAUACAUGGUAUCUGCAA